AUGACAUCAUUUUCUCAUUUACUUGGAUCAUCCACAAAGAUUCCGAUGCUAAUUCUAGAAUAUUACGAUCAGUGGGCAGAUCGUAUGCAAGACUACUUGAACGGACUGGAUGAGGAUUUAUGGAAUUGCAUUUCAGGUGAAAUAAAUCCACCUGCAACAGUUCAGUCAAUCGGUGCAUCUUCAAGCAGUUCAGAGAACAAGUCAUCGGAUUCGAAGGGUAAUUUUGAAAACAAAAACAGAGUGGAUGAAAAGCUAAAAGAAGUAAAGAAGGAUUCGAAGAGCAAAAUGGAGAAAAUGGAAAAGAUGUUAAAAGAGAUGAAAAAUCCAUCACAUGGAGCCAUGUUUGCAAAGAUGGAAGAGGAUUCAGACGAAGAACAGACUUACGAAGUGCGUGGGCAAUGCUUCGUAUCGAAGUCUAAUGACAAGUCACCGAUGACAACAAAGAUUCGAAUUUUGAAAAAGAUUGAGAAUUCUACAUCUAAUUCAGAAUCUAAUUUCGUUGAUAUUGAAAAUAAUUCUGAUAAUAUUAGUGAAAUUAGUGAUUUAGAGGAUGUAGAUUUUUCUCAAUUGUCUGUAAUAAAUGUAGCAAAUUCUUUUAAAGGGAAAGAUAAAUGUGAAGAUUUAUUGGUAAAAAUUGACACUGAUCAACCUUCAACUUCGAAAGUUUGUGAUAUGGAAUUUGUGGAAAUACAUGAUAGUCAAACAGAUGAUAGUGAUAAUGAGGAAGAAAGUACAAAUUCGAAGACAAAUAAAAGUUCGAAAGAAGUUGAAAUUCCUCGAGUGGUUGUUGAUCAAGUUUAUAUGGAUUUACAAGAGUUUGAGUAA